AUGACAGAGACUAGCGACAGAUCAACACACAUGGAGCCUUUAAGCAAAGCUCAGUCAAUGGAAGUUGAAGCUCGUGAUAUAUUGACAGCUAAUAGUUCGAUAGAGACUGGUGUGUCUAGUCAGACGACACCAACACAAGCUGAGUACGUGAAACCGCCGAGGGCCACUUUGGAGCAACGGAUUAAAAUACUCAAUGUUUAUCAUCGGACGAAGAUGACGCAGGCCCAGGUUGUGAACCUAUUUAAAGAUCAGAUUUCAAUAUCUGGGUCUACAUUUAGUGAGUGGGUGAAGCGUGAGCAAGAACUACGGGAGCGGUAUGCUGAUUUGCAGGCGCGCCAGGUUGCUAAGGCCCGUGAAGGGAAGAAUAAGAGCAGCUACAAGUAUAAAAGGAUGAAUGAUAUAAUGGAUCGGUACUUGCUGGCGCUACAAGCGCAAAACCAGCCUAUCACGGAGAAUAUUCUGAGACAACAUUGGCAGAAAUAUGCCAAGUCUCUCGGUAUAGCGGACCCUAAGCGGCUGAAAUCAUUUAGUAACGGCUGGCUGUCACAAUUCAAGAAGCGGCAUGGACUAAAGCUAAAGCGGAAAAACUCGAAGACCUCUAUGGAACAUACCUCUGGGGAUUCGAGCGGAAGUGGUACAUUGCGUGGUGUUUCGCCUUCUAGUGCCAUCAGUUUUCCUGCACAUGAGUUCGACAUGCUUGGCCACAAUCCCUCAUUCCUAGAAAUCGAUCAACAGAUCACAACAGAAGGGCAAAAUUUGCCAAGGCGACCUGCGUCUCUGCAUCUAAACUUGCUGCAGUCUUGUAAGCCACCAGCUGGAAUGGUGGCACAACGCAGUGAUCAAACGCCUCUUGCUGGCUACUCAUCCUCCAAACAUUCGGAGUCAUCCACCUACUCAUUCAAUCCUCAGAAAGGGCCGCAACGGGAUAUAAGGAGUACGAUUUGUGAAGCGUCUCUCACAAGCUCUGCGAGCCUACUAAAUGAAUUGGAAUUUGAGAGAUUUCUAAAUAAAUAUGCUCACGAAUUUCUUGCGUGUAACAGCGAGAAAUAUCCGAGAUCCUUCGCAUUGUUUCAGCAUCUGACCCAACUCUUCCAACACGAGCGAGAUAUGAAUACCGAUGAAAGAUUGAAAAGUCUCUUUAUAAACAGCUAA